AGCAACGACCCAGAGGCGCUCCUCGAAUCAACUGCGAACCGAUAUCUAACCCCCACACCUCCUCCCCAGCCAUGAGCCAGGACGGCAGCUCAUUGACGCCGCACUAAUCCGGUCCUUGACGCUUUUUGGGUGUGUUUUUGUAUUCUUCCUCGGAGCUCGAAUGGACGUCGAUGGGCUGGAGGAGUGGGAGGAUGCCUCUGCACGUUUGAGUUCCCUGCCCGGAGUGGAGGGGCAUGUUGGAUCCGUGUGUGUCGGUUGAGUGGAAGUGGAGGUGGCGGCAAGAGGAGGAAGAAGCGAACUUUAGCACCGUGAUUUAUCCUCAUUUUACCCCCACCCUGUCCUUUCACGUCACAGCAGGACCAGCGGUGGAUUUCCCCACAACGUUUCCCCGAUGAGAAGCCCUCACCCGCGGGGAGGCUGCGCGAUGGUGACCGUGACGAUGAGCAAGAGCGCCGAGUGGCUCCAAGAGGAGCUCGAGUCCGGGGCCGCCGCGCAGCUGCUGCUGCUCGACUGCCGACCGCAUGAGCUCUACGAGUCGUCGCACAUCGAGGCGGCCAUCAACGUGGCCAUCCCGGGCCUCAUGCUCCGCAGGCUCAAGAAGGGCAACCUACCCAUCCGCUCCAUCAUCCCCAACAACGAAGACAAGGAGAAGUUCGUCAAGCGCUGCAAAACGGACGUGGUGCUUCUGUACGACGAAGCCGCCCCCGAGCGACAGGAGUCCGGGCUGGGGAGCUCCGUGCUCGGGCUGCUGCUGCAGAAGCUCCGGGACGAUGGAUGCAAGGCUUUCUACCUGGAAGGAGGCUUCCACAAGUUCCAGUCCGACUUUCCUGAACACUGCGAGACCAACUUGGACUGUUCUUGUCCCAGCAGCUCCCCGCCGUCCUCCGUGCUCGGUCUGGGAGGACUCCGCAUCAGCUCCGACUGCUCUGACGGCGAGUCGGACCGCGAGCCGGUCAGCGCCACAGAGUCGGAGGGCAGCCCGCUGCCCAGCAACCAGCCGGCGUUUCCAGUCCAGAUCCUGCCGUACCUCUACCUGGGCUGCGCCAAGGAUUCCGCCAACCUGGACGUGCUGAGCAAGUACAACAUCAAGUACAUCCUCAAUGUCACCCCCAACCUGCCCAACAUGUUUGAGCAUGAGGGCGACUUCAAGUACAAGCAAAUCCCCAUCUCUGAUCACUGGAGCCAGAACCUUUCACAGUUUUUCCCUGAGGCCAUUUCAUUCAUUGACGAGGCCCGCUCCAAAAAGUGCGGCAUCCUGGUGCACUGCCUGGCAGGGAUCAGCCGCUCGGUGACGGUGACGGUGGCCUAUCUGAUGCAGAAGCUCAACCUGUCGCUCAACGACGCCUACGACUUCGUCAAGCGCAAAAAGUCCAACAUCUCGCCCAACUUCAACUUCAUGGGCCAGCUGCUGGACUUUGAGCGGACGCUGGGCCUGAACAGCCCGUGCGACAACAACCGCUCCACGUCGCCCGCCGCCAAUGAGCAGCUCUUCUUCACCACGCCCACCAACCACAACGUGUUCCAGCUGGACACGCUGGAGUCCACGUGACAGUCGGGGAGGGGGACGGCAUCCUUGAAGGUGAUCAUGUUUCCAUGGUAACAACAUGGCCGCUGCCGCCGCUGUAUCCGGCGAGGCGUUAGCAGCCGCUUUAUUGAAUGUGUUGGCCUCCGGAGGCUCGCCGUCUCGGAGCCUGGAGCCGCUUUCGGAGGGAAGUCGCACAAAGUUUUGGAGCUGAUGGAAAGCUUGAAUAAUCAAUCAAGUUGCAACGAAAAGCCAAGGAGACUCAAAAAACAAACAAACAAACAAAAAAAAAAAAACGAAGAUGUGCCACUGUUACGAGGCACAGUGGAGAAUCUUUGGAGGUGUCACUCUGCUCAGUGUGGAUCUUUUACAAACCAAGGAAUUAACAAAGUAUUUGUACUGUAUGUUAGAAAGAAGAAGUGUCUAUAUUCAGUUAUCUUUUUGUAUAUUUUUCAUGUAUCCACAUAUAUACGCAUCGUAAUAAUAUGAAUAAUCUUUGUCCAAAAAGUAAAGAAAGGGAAAGAGGAACAUUGUCUGACCUAAUACACUUUGCACACGCGUGUAGCCAAUGGUGUGCCGAGAGGGGGGGCGUGGCCAGUAAGAGACCAAAGGUUUGAAUCUGAGUACUUUUUGACUAUUGACCAAGAAGGCUAGUUCCUUCCUCAUGUCACCCAACGAGAAGGACCAGUCUUAUCCAGUUUGCAUUUGAUUUCGCAACUUCCUGCUUUCAGGCUUUGCCAAACCGGUUUCGUCUUAACUUUUGUGCUUUGCAGUCGCAAAGUCCACAAUUUCCCAACUUAUUUUAGCCGCCCGUCUAAAGCCUCUUUCAUGCAGCCAUUUUUACACCUAUUUCCUCCCGGUGUUGCUGUUCUGUAUAAACGGCAAAGAGGAGCAAGUGGUUCCGACUAUAUUCCGCCCUUUGGAGGUAGUACCAGAGCCGUAACAGAAGCGGGGACGGCAACUGUGUAAAAGGGAAUUCUGGACAGACUCACACAACUGUUGUGUUGAAAGUAGUUGCUGUGUAAUGUGCCAAUUUUGCAGUAUCUCUCUAAAACCCUUUCACACAGCCUGCAAACGCUGGUAAUUUUCCACCUUUUUCACCGUUUGUUGCUGUUCUGUAUGGUACCCGUGAGUCACAAAAUGGCAGUUUUCCAAGUUGUAUCAUAUUCUUAACAGACGGCACCUGUGUAAAAGGGACUUUGCAGGAUGCCCUUGUGAUCCUGUUUUCGCUGGAUUAUGUGUGAAAGGAAAAGGCGCAUAAAUGCCAGUUGUGAUGCGCCAAUUUAGCAGUAGCUCUGCGAACUCCUUUUAUACAGCCUGGAAAAGCCGGCAAUUGUCCCCCUUUUUUUCCUCCUGUGUUAUUGUUCUGUGUAAACGGCACAGACAGUAGUCAACCCAGCACCUCGGCAGGUAGUACCCGAACCCUAACAGAAGCAGGGAUGACACCUGUGUGAAAGGGAAUGCCGUAAAAGCAGGGCUUCUCCCGCUCCGCUGUGUUGAAAGCUGUUGUCACUGUCUGACAAGUCAGCUAUUGCUACAAGCUGAUGCGCCUGUUUUGCGGAAUCUCUGUAAUCCUCUUUUACACUGCCUGUAAUAGCCGACAUUUUUCCACCUUUUUCCCCCCUGUCGGGCUGCUGUUCUUUAUGAAAAGCACAGACACAAAAAGGGGGAAGAGAUUCUGAGACAUAACAAAAGCGGGAAUGGCACCUGUGUGAAAGUUAAAGCCGGAAAAAGGCCGGACGGGAGACUCAGAAUGAAGCACAACCGGCAUUAGGAAGCAAGACGGGACUUUUUUUGUGAAAUUUGACACGCUCUUCUCCUGUCGUGUUGGAAGAAAUUGUGGCUACCAGACAAGUAUUUUAUUGCACACCCAAUUACCUGAUUGUAGUUAUUAACUGUAAUAUUUCGCCUUCUGGGUUUUUGGUGAACAGCACAGUCAGAUGAACUCCAAAUCCCCUUAUUAUGGCUCUGAUGUGGGAUCUCUGUUUGAAAGGGGCUCCCCUGUAGUUGGGUGGCACUGGCCUUCACUCCAAAACUGCACUUAAUUGAACACGAGAUUUUGUCAGAAUCACCCUUAAGCCUUGAGUAUGUACUAUUAUUACAUGACAGACCUAAUUGGGUAUAUAGAAUAUACAGUAUAUGUAUACAUAAUAGCUUAGUAAAGAGAUGUAUAUUAUUUUAUAUGGCUGAUCAUGCUGUGCUAAUGUAUGACUCAGCCACGGGUUGUUGGACGUUGCUUUAAAAAGGACACAAAUUUAAGUAGCAGAGGAUUUUGGGACGACCGAUAUAGACCCCUUCAAGAUUGACCGUCUUUCAGCUGGGAUUUAAACUGUAGCUUUUAUCCAAACAUACGCUGAGCCCAGUGCAAGACAAGUAUUAUUUGGAAUUUAUUUGUGCCAUAAGGUUCGUUUGAAUGAUGCAUCCGUUUCUAUUUCAGCUUACAUUUUUGUGUCCUGCGCACAUUAGUGAUGUUGGCUAGAAAAAGCUUGUCCUUGGAUCCCAGCAUAUUCGCAAUUCAGCAUUCACGGCCCUGCAAAUUCACAGAUUUUUGUUCAAAAACAUUGUUGACAUGUUUGUCUUUAUUUCGUCAAGCGUUGAUAUUUUGUACUUUUGUUCGCCAGUCCUCGAACGCACCAUAGCUUGUGUGCUGAGAUGCAAGUUUGUACCCUCCAAAAAGCGGGAAUCUACUGUACUCCCAAUACUUCAAAUGUGGCUUUCUAACCAAUUUAGUAUACGACAAAACAGAGUUCACGUUUCUUGCCUGGCGUUUAGCCUUCAUAAGCGUUUUUUUUGUUUUGUUUUUUUUAAAGCAGUUGUUGGUACUGAACAGGGUUGGUCUCAGCUGGCCUUAUAAUAUCUUUCUAACAUGACUGUUCAGUACUCGUUGUAUCGAGUCGUAUGAAUCAGAAUCGGCGGUAACAGUUGUUUUUACCGCCACGGGUCACACAAGGUCGUCUUUUAUUACUCUGCAAUAUACCAGUGCUUGUAUUUGUUAGAACAAGACCUCAAACUUGUUGCUUUUUUUGUAUUAUAUUGAUAUCAUUCUACGAAACCUGACAUCCAUAUCACAUUGACGCACUUCCUGGAUGACAACACAAACAUUUGAACACAAUAUUAUCUUGAUUUAUUUUCAUGAGAAGUAGAGUCCCAGCAUGUAACACACUAGGGAUGGGCAUCAUAAGAAUCCAUUCAUUCUUUGUCAGUGUGGGAUUAGUAGUUGAUUUAUUGCGAUUAAAGCAAAAUGGGGUGCACUACCUGGCUGCCACCAGCAGAGGCGAUGUUGAUUCAGUCUCAUCUAAUUCAUCCCAUUGAAAAUAUUCUCAAAAAUAAAAGUAAAUGUCGUCAAAUGCUCAUCCCUAGUUCCCCACACUUGUUGUUUUUGAUAUGUGCUCUAUGCUAUUCCUGUGGCCUUUUAAUGUUAAUAUAUAUAUCAAAUAUGUAAUGAAUUUAUAUGCAAAAGAGUUGGAAAAUGUGUGAUGGACUAUAUUUCAGUACACAGCUCUUUUUUUGGGGGGGGGGGGGGUGGAUUUCCUAAAACAAUACAAUUGAUUCCGAGCUGCUUUUGUGUCUUUGUAACAACGAAAGAGAAAACUUUUAAAAAGAAAAAUUGUUUUUUUUUUUUUUUUUGUAAAUGUUGCCACAACACGGGAACGGACGUUUCUGUGCCCUUAAAAACUUGUAGCCACAUCAUCUCGGUGUCAAUGUGCUCAGGA